AUGGAGGCAGCCUUGCGACAGCUGCUGUCAUGCGUCGACAGCGGCCGCCGCGACGCCGCCAGCGCGGCGCUCGUGAGGCUGCAGCACGCGUGCCGCGCAGCCGCAGAAACUGGCUGCGCCGCGGCGGUUGAGGUGCCCGGCGAGCGCUCCUUGGACCGACUGCUGCGGCACCUGUCCUUGGCCGGCGGCAGCGCGCGGGCGACCAAAGCGGACUUCAACACAUCCCUGACCGCCAACCGGGCGCUCCUGAUCCUGCUGAACGUGCGAGCAGUGGCGGACGCCUUUCUGACGGAGGGUCGCGUGGCCGCCCUGGUCGACACACUCGAGGCGCUCGAUGGCGGCGAGGAGGGCGGCAGCGGCGGCCGCGAGGGCAUCUCGGAAUUGCGGCUGUGGCUGCUGACCGCGAAUCUGGCAGCCGCGGCGCUGCACUUAGGUCUUCAACGCAACGGGCCCACGGGUGGCGACGUCGACGGCGGCGGCGGCCCCAUCAACCCCGCGCAGCUCGCCCUGGCUGGAGUCAUUGCGCGGCCGGCUGCCGUGCGCGUGCUUGUGCGGGCGGCGCACACGCAGCUGUCAUCAGAGCUGUCUGCAGGGGACCUUCUAUCGCCGCUUGAGCAGGCAUUCUUGGCUGCAGCUUUCUUGCGAGAGCGGGCUACGCCAGCCCCCCACGACACGCCGUCAGGGCCCUCGUCCUGCGCCGCUGACCUGUUUGCCGCAGCGCGCGCGGCGUGGCAGGGCGCCGACGCCAAUUGGCUCUGCGAGGCGCUGCCGCCGCUGCUGGCGAUGCGACUGGAGGAGGCCAGGCAGCGGCAAGGGACAGGGCCCGGCGGAGAGGCGCUUGAGCCGCACGCUGCUCUGUUCGUGGCCUUGCACUUGUGCGCCGUGGUCGGUCCCCUGAGCAGGGCCCUGUCUUUGCACGCGGCCGCCAUGCGCGCGGUCGCAGCGUGCAUUUGUCGGAGCGGAGACAUCCGCCUGGCCAGGUCAUCGUUGGUCAUCCUGACCGGCGCGCUCGACGCCUGGCCCUGGGGCCACGAGGGCGCCGGCACAGCGCUCGCGGCUUGCUGCCAACCCGACACUCUCGGGGAGCUGCUGCGCACAGCCGCCCUUCGCGGCACCCGCGGCGGCAGCGGGGUGGCGGCCGGCACGCCGGCGAACCAGGAGAUGUUUCCGACUGUAACGGAUGGUGGUUGUGCAGCGCAGCUGCUGGCAUCGAUCGCGGCCCACGAGGCGCUGUCCACGCGGCCAUCCAGCAUUGCUGCAGUGCCAGCGACCGCGGCUGCGGCGGUGGCGAGCCUGCGCAAUUGGCUAGAAGUGGACGGCGCGCAGAUGGCUUAUGGCAACAUGCCGCGACUCCAUCAAGUCUGUGUGAUGGUGCUCAGCGUUGUUGCUGGCGGCGGCGCCGAUGGCGACGCAUGGGCGGCCACGUUGUUGCGCCUCGGAGCGCGGCAGCUGCUGAUGCGCGCCGCGGCCGAGCUAGGGCCAAGGGCACCCGAGUGGUCGGCGGCCGCAUCAGCAGCACUUUACGCCGUCACACACGCAGCGCACGCAUCACAUCAGCAGCAGCAGCAGCAGCCUGCACAAGGCGGCACCACCAGCGGGCUUGAGGAAGGUGAGGAGGAGCAGGGCGCUGUCGCCGCCUUGGUGGAUGCUGGGGUUUACGCGGUCCCGCAACUGCUCUUGCUGGCGGCCCUGCGUCCCGGCUGGCGGUCCUGGCUGAUCCAGGAGCCAGACAUACUGGAGCUGCUGUCGGCCGUGGCGGCUGCCCCUGACCAGGGCGAGUACAGCCACAAGGCCCUCCGCACCCUCUGCCUGCUGGCUGCGGGCGCGGCGCCGUCGGAGCGCCUGCCAAACUUUGCGCGGGCUGUGCUGGAGGUGUGCAAUGAGCGGCCGGCGGACGUGUGGGCCGGAGUCCCUGAGCUGGACAGCGAUGGCGGGGCCGUGGAGGAGGUGUUGGGGUGCCUUGCGGGCUGCCAUGAGGCAGGCAGCAGUGUGGGUGAGCGCGCUGCCCUGGCUCUGACCCAGCUGAGGAUCGGCAAGCUUGGGUUGGUGCAGCCCCCAUCGCAACAGCAGCAGCAGCAGCAGGAGGAGGAGGAGCAAGACGUGCAGCAGCAACAGCAGCAGCACCAGCCGCGGCCACAGCCGCAACAGCACCAGCAGGAGGACAAGCCAAGCAUGCAGCAGGCGCCAAACACAGGACAUGCAGGGGCUAUGAGAACGGCGCGCCCACAUAGUGCAUGCGCUGUCUGCGGCAGGACGGCGCGAGAAGGCGCCAAACUGCGGCGCUGUGCCGGCUGUGGCCGUGUCACGGGGACGCGGUACUGCAGCCAGGAGUGCUGCAGGACGGACUGGGUGGUGAGGGGGCACCGCGCGGUGUGCGAGGCGGCGCGGCGGGGCCAGGAGCCGUGA